AUGUUAGCCCUUUCUCAGAUUUUGGAGAAGGUAGGGCCCAUUACUUAUAGAGUUGCAUUGCCAGAUUAUUUUGGAGAAAUUUAUGAUGUAUUCCAUGUAUCAUCGUUGAGGAAGAGCUCUGGACAGCAAGAGCCGCGUUUCGUAGACCCAAAGCACAUUCAGCUACAGUCGGAUCUUACCUAUGAAGUUGCCCCGAUGCAGAUUGUGGAUUGGAAAGAGCAAAGACUGAGAUCCAAGUCGAUACCUUUGGUAAAUGUGGCAUGGGGAGAUCCAUUAGCUCGAGAUUUCUCUUGGGAGAGAGCUAUGGACAUGAGAGAACAAUAUUCGUAUUUGUUUAAGUGA